AUGACAAAGGGGAUACUUACAUCAAAUUCUGCAGGCAACAAUGGUCCUAAUGAUUCAAGUGUUUCAAGUGUAGCACCAUGGAUACUUGCAGUUGCAGCAAGUAGUAUUGAUCGUAGAAUCAUUGACAACGUUGUUCUCGAAAAUGGGACGACAUUGGUUGGGGCUGCAGUGAACACUUUCACAUUAAAUGAGACAAGUUUUCCAUUGAUUUAUGGAAAAGAUGCUUCAAGUCAAUGCUCCGAGUCUGAAGCUGAGAGCUGUGAAGGAGGCUGCUUAGACAGUGGUUUAGUUAAGGGAAAGGUUGUGUUAUGUGACGAGCCUUACGGAGUUAAUGAGGCCAAUCGUUCUGGAGCAGUAGGCUCAAUUCUGAGAUUUGAUUGGGAUGAUGUUUCUCCAAUUGUACCCAUUCCUGCAACAGUUUUCACCUACAAAGAGCAUAGUCUGAUAAAGUUGUACAUGAACUCCACGAAAGAUGCUCGAGUAAACAUACAGAGAAGUGAAGUCAAAAGGGAUACUACCGCGCCUGUUGUUGCUUCCUUCUCUUCACGUGGACCAAAUUCAAUUCUACCAGAAAUUAUCAAGCCAGAUAUAAGCGCCCCAGGUGUAACUAUUUUGGCUGCCUUUUCACCUGCUGGUAUACUUACAGGGAGUUAUUACGACAUGAGGCGUGUCAACUACAGUAUACUAUCUGGAACAUCCAUGUCUUGCCCGCACGCAGCCGGUGCUGCUGCAUAUGUUAAAGAAUUCCAUCCUGAUUGGUCUCCAGCAGCCAUCAAAUCAUCUCUUAUGACUACAGCUUCUCCUAUGAAUGUUACUGACAAUAGCAGAGCCGCUGGUGAAUUUGCAUAUGGAUCUGGACAUAUCAAUCCUGUCAAAGCUAUAGACCCAGGGCUUGUGUAUGAAGCUUCUAAGGAAGACUACAUCAAGUUGCUCUGCUUGGUCUUAAACCAGACCGAUGUUAGACUUAUAUCAGGAGAUAACAUCACUUGCUCUACAGGCUCCGACAAAGGAUCUUUACAAGAUCACAAUUACCCUUCACUAGCAGCUGUUGUCGCACCAAACAAAUCUUUUUCGUUAAGUUUUCACAGAACAGUGAAGAAUGUUGGCCUUGCAAACUCCACUUACAAUGCUACAGUAUUCGCCAACUCUACUGAAGUUGACAUCAAAGUGGUGCCUCAAGUUCUUUCCUUCAAGUCAUUGGAUGAGGAGAAGACUUUUGAUGUGACCGUUGCCGGAAAAGGUUUGUCAGAUGAAGUACAAUCACAUGUGUCUGCAUCGUUGGUGUGGUCUGAUGGAAUUCAUAGCGUUAGAAGUCCAAUUGUUAUCUACAAAAAAACUAUAAAUCCUAGCAUUACUGCAAAAUAA